CUUAACAGAAACAAUAGGAUGAAUUAUUACUCUUUACCCUGUUUUCCUUACAGAGGAACAACUUUUCUUUCAACCCUCUUCAAUUUGUUGUUGGUAACGAAUUUUCCUUCUGUUAUAUGCACAUAUGUAGGGAGCAGAUGCGACAAUACCUCAACUUUCGCUAAUGGCAGCACCUAUUCCACAAACUUAAACCUAGUUAUCAAAGAUCUGUAUGUUAAUGCACCAAAAAGCUCAGGGUUUAACAUUUCUUCCCGCGGCCAAUCUCCCAAUAAGGUAUAUGGUCUGCUUCAGUGUACUGGAAAUAUAUCAACAGAGAGAUGCUCAAAAUGUGCAGUGGAAGCAAAUAACAGCAUUCACGACCUUUGCCCCAGCGACAUAGGUGGGAAAAUAUGGUUGGAUGACUGUUUCAUGCGCUAUCACAACUCUAAUUUCAUUUCAACACUUGAUACUACUGGAUUUCACUUGUUGAACACGGUGGAUAUUAGUAAAAGUAGAGAUGCUUUCGAGAACACAACCAGCAAACUUCUGUCGAAUCUGUCUGACAAAGCCUACAUCCCUGCAAAUAAGGGUUUUGCUGCUGGAUCAGCCAAUUAUAAUGCUACUGGAAUAGUAUAUGGUUUAGUUCAGUGCUGGAGAGAUGUAUCAAUAACAGAUUGCAGAACAUGCUUGGCUAAAGCAAGAGCAAAUCUGAGCGAUUGCUGUUCUACAAAACAAGGAGCACAGUUUCUGAGCGGGAGCUGUAAGGCAAGAUAUGAGAUUUACCACUUUUUUGACUCUGCACAGUCACCCUCUCCCUCUCCUGAGGGGUUCAUGCCUCCACCUCCUUCCACACCAGAAAUGAAAGACGCAGUAAAUAACAGAUUUCAACAGAACUCGGCAGAACAACUGCAUCCACUGUCUUCCGCUGUCCGCAUAACACAAAAGAAGUCUUCAAAAACAUUACCUAUCGUUUUGGGGUUUGUGGGAGGCAUCAUUCUAGUUUUAUUUAUUUGUCUGAUCAUAUUCAGAAAAAGAGUUAAAGCUCUGUUUUUGAAGGGACCAAUAGCUCUUGCUACUCCUAACCAAGCUACAGAGAUGCAUGGGGUUUCCCCUGAAUCUGAGUUAAUGCAAGAACAUAAUUUGGCCUUCAGCUUAGAAGCUCUAGUAGAAGCCACACAAAAUUUUCAUGACAACAAUAAGCUUGGGGAGGGUGGCUUUGGUGCUGUAUACAAGGGGACCACUAGAGAUGGAAAUGCGAUAGCAGUGAAGAAACUUUCUGCCAAGUCUAAGCAAGGCAAGAAAGAAUUUAUGAAUGAAGUAAAAUUGGUGGCUAAUGUUCAGCACCGAAACCUUGCAAGGCUGCUAGGCUGUUGUGUAGAGGGAGAUCAAAGGUUGCUUGUUUAUGAUUAUUUUGCUAACAGGAGCUUAGACACAUUUCUUUUUGAUGUAGAGAAGCGUAAAGAGCUAGACUGGCAAAAGCGCUAUAAUAUCAUCACUGGAAUUGCUCGUGGGCUUCUCUACCUUCACCAGGAGUCACAAUUGAGAAUCAUCCAUAGAGAUAUUAAAGCAAACAAUAUUUUGCUUGACCACAAACUCAAUCCAAAGAUAGGUGACUUUGGCUUAGCCAAACUUUUUCCUGAAGACAAGACACACAUCCAUACAAGAGUUGCAGGCACAUACGGUUACAUGCCUCCAGAGUAUGCAAUGAGAGGGCAGCUGUCUGUUAAAGUAGAUGUCUAUAGUUUUGGAGUAGUGCUGCUCGAGAUCGUUAGUGGAAGGAAAAACAAUGAUAUUGAUCUUCCGUACGAUAUGCAACACCUUGUAGAAUGGGCAUGGAAACUGUUCCAGGGAAGAAAUGCGCUGAAUAUGGUACAUUCAGAGGUAUCAGGGGUCUGUCAGGAGCAGGCCUUAAGAUGUAUUCAUGUUGGGCUUCUCUGUGUACAAGCAAAUCCAACACUUCGUCCAGUUAUGUCUGAUGUUAUUACGAUGAUCUCUAGCAGUUCAGUGACAUUACCAAAUCCUUCAAAGCCUGCUUUUGUAAGUACAGGUGAGAGCCAUUCUUCAAAAACAGAACCGAAGUCAAUGUCAAGUUGGGAGAUUGACGAGCAUAAAAUUGUAACAAAAUCACAUAUUUCUGCUGCAACUACGUCAUCUUCAUCGGGUAUUCGUUCAGUAAAUGAAACUUCCAUUACCGAAGUAGAGGCUAGGUAA